AUGUCUGGACGUGGAAAGAAACACGCGGUGGCUGGCAAACCCGCAGCUGCACCGAAGAAAACCAAAUCAGCCAAGGCUGGUCUGCAGUUCCCCGUAGGUCGUGUCUACAGGCUCCUUAAAAGAGGGAACUACACUGACAGGGUCGGUCCCGGCGCUGCCAUCUACUUGGCUGCGGUGCUGGAGUACCUGAGCGCGGAGAUCCUGGAGCUGGCGGGGAACGCUGCACGGGAAAACAAGAAAGCCAGGAUCCUGCCCAGGCACAUCCAGCUGGCCGUGAGAAACGAUGAUGAGCUGAACAAGCUCUUCUCCUGCGUGAUCAUCGCUCAAGGAGGGGUUAUGCCGAAUAUCCUUUCCCAGCUCCUUCCCAAGAAAACUGUUGGAGAUGCUGCUCCCUUUCAGGGACAAGGUGGUAGCCAGUGA